AUGCCAGAGAAAUGUUUAUCAUGUGGAGAAUGUGCAGUCAUAGAGGAGGAGGUCGACGGUGGUCGUGUGCAGAGAAUCUGUGUCGAAUGUGGAACAGUUGCUUCAGGAGUGAGACCUGAGAUUGCGUUACACUCAAACACUGUGAAAAUAGAAUGUGUUCCCUUCUUGAAUGUGAAGAAGGAGGAGCAGGCAUGCGAGUCUUGUGGGGAUUUCUUGCAGCUGAGCUUUCAUUCAGGGGUGAACUUGUGUGCCGAAUGUCAGGAGCUGGAGUCGGGAGUUGCAGAUGAUGUGGAGAGGCUGGCGAGUACACAGUCAGACAAACAGCAGGUCUCACAACCAAGUUCCUCAUUGAAGACUUGUAACUCUUGCCACAGCAGCAACCUUGGCAUGGAUGUUUGUGGGGCUGAUGAACGGCUUGUUUGCAGAGACUGCGGAACUGUUGCCGAAAAUGAAGCAUUGACAAAUGACGAUUUUGAAGUCACGUCGAGGACAUAUAGGAAUAGUUUCAUGACUCUUCCAAAGCAUUCUCGCCCUACCACGAUCUUGAAAGGCAGAGCAGCAGGUCAUGACAAAAUAACCUUUAUUUAUAAUAAGCUGUGCUUUCCAGAAAUAAUUAGAGAUGAAGCUUUAGAAAUGUUUAACACAGUUUUUGAAAAACCAGGAGUAUAUUUCACACACAUAACAACAAAAGAACACAUCGCAGCCGCCUGUGUUUUUAUUGUAUGUCGGCAGCAUGACAUGCCAGUUAGUCUUCAGCACUUCCGCAAGUAUGUUGAAAAAUACAAAAUCUUUCUGAAAGGACGGAAAAUUGUCAUGAAAACCUUGAACAUAAACCACCCGAGUAUUACCAUGUGCAGUCAGGUUGAGCUGGUACUUGCCAAUUGUGCAUUCAACCGCGCCAUUAUUUCCAAGGUGAAGGAUAUUCUGUUUUUAUGCCGGAAGGCAUGGCUGACACAAGGAAGGUCAAGGCAAGGGCUUAUCAUAAUCGCAGCAUAUUACGCGUUUAUUAGCUCUAUGAGUUUUGUCAGUAUGACAAAAUUCCGACAGAUGUUUAAGUUUCCAAACAUAUCAAUGCUGCUUCAGAGUGAGUGCAGUAGCUUGUUUCUUAAACUGGCCAGGAGCAUUCCGUGGGUGGUGGCCAAGCACAUCAAACCGACGACUGUCUAUAAAUAUGUUGAUGACAUCCUUCAAUAUCAAAAUAGUCUUCUUCAACUGGCUUUCAGGUCAGAUGGUGAGGUCAGCAGCAACGUAGAUCUCACUAUUCCAGAAACUGAAAAUGAACUUGACACAACACCAAAACGGAAAAAGCGAUGCAAAAAUGCCAGACAUGGCACUGCAGUAAAUAAAGAUGUUCUUCUUCCGUCUGCAUUAAAAAAACCUAGACAAGAAGUUUUUCGGCCAGAGACAAAAAUUUCUCCAAUGGUUAAUUUGGACAGUCCUGUUGUGUUGGCUUCAGAAUUUGACGAGGCGGAGAUGGCGUCAUAUCUACUCUCUCCUGAAGAAGAGGCUCUUCUUCGAACACCAAAAUUAACAUUCAUGCAGUAG